UUUUUAUCCUCCAAAUUAUUUUCUCUUUUCCGCCCAUUUUCUUUCUAACCAAACAGAAGGCACCGAGAAAAGAAAAGCUUGGAGGCCAUGAGUGGAAACAACAAUGGAAUCAGGAACCCUUCUGGCUUCCCUCCCGGUAACGACGACGAUACUCACUACGGCAGCAGCUACGCUCUGAGCGGCAAAAUCAUGCUCAGCGGCAUCGUCGUCUUGUUUUUCGUCGUGGUGCUCAUGUUCGCCCUCCAUAUCUACGCCCGCUGGUACCUUGAAAGAGCUCGCCGCCGUCAUUCUCGCAAUCGCCGCCGUCGCCGGUCACAGAUCGUAUUAUACAUCAACCACGACGCGAACCCCGCCGCCGCCGCCGCCUCGCGCGGCCUCGACUCGCGUGUUCUCAAGUCGCUCCCCGUAUUCACCUUCUCCUCCCAGACGCAUCCGGAUCCCGUCCUCGAGUGCGCCGUUUGCUUGUCGGAAUUCGAAGAGAACGAAUCGGGUCGGGUCUUGCCCAAGUGCAACCAUAGUUUUCAUUUGGGGUGUAUCGACAUGUGGUUUCACUCUCACUCCACGUGUCCUCUUUGUCGGACCUCCGUUGAAGAAUCCGUACCCGUGUCCGAUAACCCGGGAGAUUUAGUUAUCACGAUUAACGAAUCGUCGGGCGGGGAAUCCGGAUCGAAUCCAGGAUCCGACCUGUGUACCACGUGUCAACAGGAGGAUGGACCAGCUGGAUCGUCAGCAGUCGGGUUCGGGAGGAAGCUAUCAAUUGAGGUCCCUAAACGGAAUAUCGAAGGUUUCAUAGGUGAGUCGAGUGGGUGUGACUCGGGGUCGAGUCAAUCUUAUAAAUCGCCGAUGAGUAGAAUAUUGUCGUUUAAGAGGAUACUGAGUAGAGACAGGAGAGGCAGUGGGACGAGUCCUUGCCCUUCACCAAUAAACGCCACCGUAUCCGAGUCGGAUAUGGAGCGAGGAGUAGACGAGACUCGGCAAAGUCAUAGUUGACUCGGGGAGUGACUCAGAGAAACAAGUUUUAGUCACGUGGCUAUUUUUAGCUUAUCGAGACAGUCCAAUCAGGCUGAAGGUUAUCUGAAAAGGAUGAGAAAGUACACGUGGCAGAUUUUGGUUGUUGACUAUCGGGAAUAUUUGAUUGUAAGAUAUUUUGUGUUUGCGUACAAAUUUGAUUAAAUUAAUAUAUAUUUUUUCUUUUGUUUAUUAGAUACGAUGUU